GGCCCGGAACCGCCGGCUGGGCCCGGAACCGCCGGCGCGGGGGUCGAGCCCGGCUCCCGACCCUCCCCAUCCCCACCCCAGCCCUCCAUCUCACCCCCAAUUCCCAUCCUUAUGCCCCACCCUAUCCCUGUGCCUUACCCCGGCGCUCUUACUGGGCAUAGGCGUCGCUUUGUAGAAGUGAAGGAUCUGAGGCGAUCUUGGAGGAUUUUCCAGUGCAUGAAGAGGUUACAGGAGAGCUGGAGAGGGACUUUGGACAACGCCAUGGAAUGAUAGGAUAAGGAGGAAUGGCUUCAAAUUGGAAAAAAAAAAAAAAGGCAAGUUUAGAUUAGAUAUGAGGAAGAAAUUCUUCCCUGUAGCGGGGUGGAUCACUGUCAUAGGUUGCCCAGAGCACCCAUGGCAGGGUGUUGGAAUAACCUGUCAUUCCAGGAUUCUCUAUGUUUUGGCCAACUCUCUAGUACAGUUUGCAAUUCAGUGGUUCACACAUGAUACCAAACCAUCCCUGGAACUCUACCUUGUUUUUACGUUCUUUCCUUUAGUUUUGGCUCCAGCUCCAGGUAGUCCCAGGGUCUCCCCAGAUGGUUGCCCUUGGGAAGAAGCAUCCUGCCACAGCAGCCUUGCCCAUCCUUUGUCUCAUCUUAGGUUUUUAAAGCCAGUUGGUGAAAUCUGCCAGGCGACCUGGGAAAUGUUCUGGCUGAGGAGAUGGCAAAUUCCUCCCCUCACCCAGUUCAGUUGUGACUUGGGGCAUUCAGUUGCUUUUCAUCCCCAUGCCGGAGGCUGUGAUUCCACGAGUGGACUGAUGCUGAGGGAAAUGGGCACAGCAAGAUGGAGAUAAUUGUCACUGCAUUUGGUUUGCAUGGCCAGGUUCUGAGGGGGGGAGGUAGGAAGGACCUUCAGGGGUAACUUCUGUGGCAAGUGCAGACAGCUCCAGGAUGGACGUGGUUUUGGCCAAGGCCGAACACUUCGGCCACGGUGGUAACACUUCUGUGAUAACAUAUUUAAGAAGAAAACAAUAAAGUUGCUGUGCAGUUGUAAUUGCAGCCAGAGAAGAGUGGAAUGAGAAUAUGUAGGGGAAUAGCUCUGCAGACACCAAGGUCAGUGCAGGAGGAGGGGGAGGAGGUGCUGUUGCAGCCCGUAGUGCAGACCAUGGUGAGGCAGCCAUUCCCCUGAAGCCCAUGGAGGGCAUGGGAAUGCAGAGAUCCACCUGCAGCCCCCGGAGGAGCCCAUGCUGGAGCAGGUGGAUACCUGAGGAGAGGCUGUAAACCCAUAGGAAACCCGUGCUGGAGCUGGGUCCUGGCAGGAACCUGCAGACCCCUGGAGAGAGGAGCCCAUGCUGAAGCAGGUUUCCCAGUAGGACUUGUGACCCUGUGGAGGACCCGAGCUGGAGAAAGCUGUGCCUGAGGGAGUGCACCCCAUGGAAGAGUGCUCCAUGUUCCAGCAGUUUGUGGACAACUGUUGCCCAUGAGAUGGGCUCAUGUUGAAGAAGUUAAUGGAGAACUGUCUCCCUGAGGAGGGACCCCAUGGUGCAGCAGAGGAAGGACUCCAACUCUUCUCCCUGAGUAACAGCAGGGAACACAUGUGAUGAACUGACCAUAACCCCCAUUCCCCGCCUCUCUGCACUGCUGAGCAGGAGCAGGUAGAGCUGGGAAGAAGGGAAUGGUGGAGGGAAGGUAUUUUUAAGAUUUAUCUUACUUCUCAUUAUCCUGCUCUGAUUUUGUUUGUAACAAAUUCAGUUAAUAUCCCCAGUUUGAGUCUGUUUUGCCUCUGACGGUAUUUGGUGAGUGAUCUCUCCUGGACCUUAUCUCAACUCAUGAACCUUUGUUAUAUUUUUUCUCUGCCCUAUCCAGUUGCAGAGGGAGGUGAUAGAGUGGCUUUGGUGGAUGCCAGGCAUCCAGCCAGGGUCAAUUCACCACACACACAGUAGAGCAGGUGGCAGGGUUUGCUGUUACAGAUUUAUUUGGAAAGGUUGCAUUUGGAUGAAGGUCCUUGCAUUCACAUCUCCAGCUGGAGCAGGAAAGGUUCCACAAGCUUAUGCUCCCUUAGUCCUGCUCAAUCACAUGCCAUAUAAGUGGUUAUUAAUUACUUCAAACUUCAAACACAACACCUCUGAACUGUCUUAAAUGUGUACAUCCCACUGUUGCAAAUGGUCUGUGCAGUUUGGAUGGUGCUGCAGCUGGAACCAGCUGGGGAGGCCAUGGGAUCAUAGAAUCAGAGAAUCAUUUAGAUUGAAAAAGACCGCUAAGAACACCAAGUUCAAUCCAUCCAUCACCCACUGGAUGCUCAGACCCUCCUUGCAGGGUGGGGGCACAUGGAAACCUGCAGGUCAUGGUUCUGAUUGACUUCAGGUGCAACAGGAGCUCCUGGGGGAUGAUUCUAUAAUCCAGUGAUCCUCAGGCCUAUCCUGAGGCUCCUGAAUCCACCAGUCAGAUGCUUCCUUGGGAGUUCAGUCCAUCAGUUUGUUCAGCCUCUACUGCAGGAAAGAGCUGGGGGGUACCUGGACCACCCUGGGGCUGGAUGUUCACCUGCAGUGCAUGUGCCUGUGCACAGUCCUGGCUCCCAGCCACACCAAAGUCACACCAGGGGCAAAGCUGAAUUUUAUCCCAGAGCCAUAGUUUGAGCUGGAAGGGACAUUAAAGACCAUCUAGUUCCAACCUCCCUGCACAAGAAGGGACACCUUACACUAGACCAGGUUGCUCAGAAACCCAUGCAGCCUGUCCAUGAACACUUCCAGGGAUGAGGUAGGGAUUACCCUUCCAUCACACUGAAAUAUUAAAUAUUAGAGCAGAGUCUGAGGAAAGGGGUCACUCUUGAGGGUUUUUCCCAGCAGUCCUGGAGGGUUUCUCAGCCUGUUCUUGUAGCCAAGGAACACUUGUCUGUCCUGGCUGCUCUAUCCCCAAGUCCUCAAGGGGCAUUCACCUGUCCUGACAGCUCCAUCCUCACCCCUGGCUUUGGCAUUGCACAAACUGAGGCCAGCAAACUGCACCGUGCAGCGUCAGUGAGCCCAGCCUCGCCUGCCUGACCUUGGGCAAGGGGAGGGACAGGCCUGGGAUCCCAAGAGGGAGGGAGGUGGUGGGAGAGAGUGUCGCAGCGCAAGGACAGGGAUAGUGCUGGCCCUGAAAACCAAAAGGCUCAGGUUUGGUAGAGCAGGGAAGGUACAUAAAGCAGCACUCCAGACACCUAGCCCAGGGCAUUCCCUGCCUGGGCAGGACACUUGGCUCCCUUUGUGUCAUUCCACAGCCAGCAGGAAAAGUGGAUCAUGGGUAUGGACUAGAGCCAAGAGAUUGAGGUACAGGCAGAGAAUUUCUGAGAGCCAGGAGCUGAUGCAAGUCCUCAUGGGAACAUGCGAGAUAACCAAGUAGCAAAAGGCACCGGCACAGUCCAGGGUAGAGCAGUGCAGCCACAACCAGAGCAGCAUGGCAGGGCUCAGUGUCCGCUCCGUUCUGGUGACUGGGGCCAACCGAGGCAUCGGCCUGGGGCUCGUCCAGCAUUUCCUGAGGAUGCCAAAACCACCACAGUGGAUCUUUGCAGGCUGUCGGGACCCCAAGGGACAGAGAGCACAGGAGUUACAGAAUUUGGCCUCCAAGCACUCCAACAUCAUCAUCAUCCCGCUCGAAGUUGCCAACCCUGCCAGCAUCAAGGCAGCUGCAGCCAAGGUUGGGGAGCACCUGGGGGGCUCUGGCCUGAACCUCCUCAUCAACAAUGCUGGACUUCUGAAAGUGAGAACUCUUGAUACUGAGACAUUGGAGGACAUGAGUGAGGUUUACACCACCAACACAAUUGGGCCCCUGCUGAUGGCCCAGGGUUUUCUGCCCCUGCUGAAGAAGGCUGCCCAGGGGAGCCCCAGCUCAGGGCUGAGCUGCAGCAAGGCUGCCAUUGUCAACAUGUCCAGCAUUGGUGGCUCCAUCGGUUCUUUCUUUGGUUGGGAAUUGAUGCAAGGCACCUCAUACCGCUGCAGCAAGGCUGCUCUGAACAUGCUGAGCAAGUGCCAGUCCCUGGCAUACAAGGAGCACGGCAUCCUCUGCGUCGCUCUCCACCCCGGCUGGGUGCAAACUGACAUGGGCGCUGCUGCCGGACACCCGCCCCCUACGACAGUGGAUGACAGCGUGCAAGGGAUGCUGAAGGUCCUCUCCUCCCUCUCUGAGAAGGAGACCGGCGCCUUCCUGGACUGGGAAGGGAAGGUCAUACCCUGGUGAGACACCACUUCAGGAUCCUGAGAGCAGGACCCUGUGCCACUGCUCCUAUGCUUCUCAUAUCCUCAAUAAACUCCUGCCGAGAGCCUCCA